UCUGGCUGCAUCCCGGAGCUGGCCAUGUUUAAGGCCAUCCUUGUGAUCCAUUUAUGAGCUAGCCGUAGGAAGGGAGGGACAUACUGUUUGAGGGAGUGCCUCUUGGGAGUCCACGAUGUUUCCCUUAAAGGAUGCCGAGUUAGGCGCGUUCACUUUCUUUGCUUCUGCUCUUCCAAAUGAUGUAUGUGGGAGCAACGGCUUGCCUCUGACACCAAACUCCAUUAAAAUCCUGGGGCGUUUUCAAAUUCUCAAGACAGUUACACAUCCCAGACUUUGCCAGUAUGUGGAUAUUUCUCGUGGAAAACAUGAGAGGCUGGUGGUUGUUGCUGAACACUGCAAACGGAGUCUGGAAGAUUUGCUUCGAGACAGGAAACCAGUGAGCUCUUUUAGGAUUUUGUGUAUCGCUUAUGAAGUAUUGGAGGGGCUGCAGUACAUGAACAAACAUGGAAUAGUCCACCGAGCCCUUUCGCUUCACAAUAUCAUGAUGGAUCAAGAGGGACAUACCAAGUUGGCUAAAUUUGGCUUUUACCACAUGACAGCUUAUGGUGCUGAUGUUGAUUUUCCCAUAGGAUAUCCUUCAUACUUGGCACCGGAAGUAAUUGCACAGGGAAUUAUGAAAUCCAGUGAUCACACUCAAAGUGAAAAGCCUCUACCUUCUGGACCUAAAUCUGAUGUGUGGUCCCUUGGUAUUAUAUUAUUCGAGCUUUGUGUGGGCAAAAAGCUGUUCCAGAGUUUGGAUGUGGCUGAAAGAUUAAAACUUCUGCUUAAUCUUGGAUGUGUGGAUGAUAUCAUAACAGUACUGGCUGAAGAACACGGUUGUCUGGACAUUAUCAAGGAAAUGCCAGAAAAUAUUUUAGAUCUGCUAAGGAAAUGCCUUACAUUCCAUCCUUCUAAGAGGCCUACUCCAGACCAGUUACUCAAAGACUCCGUGUUCAGUGAAAUCUCUUCUUUAUACCCACCUUUCCACAAACCUGCUAGCCUUUUUUCAGCCACUCUGAGAUGUGCUGGCUUAACUCUUCCUGAAGAUAUUAACCAGUUGUGUAAAGAUGAAAAUGCUGAUUACCUAGCAGAGAGAUCAAUUGAAGAGGUUUAUUAUCUCUGGUGCUUGGCUGGAGGAGACUUGGAGAAAGAGCUUGUCAACAAGGAAAUCAUUCAUUCAAAACCACCCAUCUGUACUCUCCCAAUUUUUUUGUUGGAGGAUGGGGAAAGCUUUGGCCAGGGACGAGAUAGAAGCUUCCUUUUGGAUGACACAACGGUGACACUUUCACUGUGCCAGCUCAGAAAUAGGCUGAAAGAUGUUGAUGGGGAAGCAUUUUAUCCAUUGCUUGAAGAUGACCAGUCAAAUAUACCCCAUUCAAACAGCAAUAAUGAAUUAUCUGCUGCUGCGAAUCUUCCUCUUAUUAUACGAGAACGGGAUACAGAAUACCAGCUCAACAGGAUAGUCCUUUUUGACAGGUUGCUAAAGGCCUAUCCGUACAAAAAAAAUCAAGUUUGGAAGGAAGCCAGAAUUGAUAUUCCUCCGUUAAUGAGAGGUUUAGUUUGGGCUGCCUUGCUUGGAGUAGAGGGUGCCAUUCAAGCAAAGUAUGAUGCCAUUGACAAGGACACUUCAAUUCCUACAGAUAGACAAAUUGAAGUUGACAUUCCUCGAUGUCAUCAGUAUGAUGAGUUGCUGUCAUCGCCAGAAGGUCAUGCAAAAUUUAGACGGGUAUUGAAAGCUUGGGUGGUUUCCCAUCCUGAUCUUGUAUACUGGCAAGGCCUUGAUUCCCUCUGUGCACCAUUCUUAUACUUGAAUUUCAACAACGAAGCCCUGGCCUAUGCCUGCAUGUCUGCAUUUAUUCCUAAAUACCUGUAUAACUUCUUUUUAAAAGACAACUCUCAUGUGAUUCAAGAAUACUUGACGGUGUUUUCCCAGAUGAUUGCAUUCCAUGACCCUGAGCUGAGCAACCAUCUCAAUGAAAUUGGCUUCAUUCCAGAUCUGUAUGCUAUUCCUUGGUUCCUCACAAUGUUUACAC